CAUCUCUUUGCCAUCGCUGAAUGCUUAAAAGGGGAAUAGGGAAAUUAUGUACAUGUUUUGAGAUCCCAAGCAUCAUAUUCAUACCCUCGGUUAAAAUUUAGAGAAAUUGUUGGAUAAAAAAAAAUUGGAGAAAUUGUUAAGAAGGAUCAAAUAGUAAAAUUAUUUGGAUAAAAGGGCCAAUUGACUUGAACUAUCUUGGCAAUUGACUCGAACGAUCUUGGUAUUUUUGCUUAAACAACUUCAUCAUGGGUCAUUUUUAAUAAUUUCCCACUAAAAUUUCCUCGUUAUUAUCGCCGGAGUGUCGUCGAUCCCGUCACUUUGCUAACCUCUCUCAGAUUGCUCCGUCACCCACAGGCCUCAGCCCCUGCCCUCGCCGAGAUUCGUCUAUAUUCAGUUGCAGGUGCUAUUAAGCUAUAUGACCUUCUUGCUCUCUAAUUCUUCUCUCGCAUUUCCUUCUCUUACUCACACGAAACUACCACCCCGCAAGACGCGGAAGCAGGUCUCAUAUAUCCCUGCAUUCCAUGCCCAGCGGAAGAGCUGCGAGCUCAUCGAUCUGCACCACAAGCAAAUUCCGUAUAAAGUGGCGUGGUCAUGGCAGAAGGAGCUGGUCAGGGAAAAGAAGGCGCAGAUAGGAGGUGGAGAAUGUACGGACACGCUCAUUGUUCUGCAACACCCACCAGUUUAUACAUUAGGGACUGGCAGUUCCGAAGACAACUUCAAGUUUGACAUUGAUAAUGCCCCCUUUGAUAUCUAUAGAACUGAACGAGGAGGAGAAGUUACAUACCACGGCCCUGGCCAGCUUGUAAUGUACCCCAUUAUCAAUCUCCGAAAUCACAAGAUGGAUCUUCAUUGGUACCUCAGGAGCUUGGAGGAAAUCGUCAUCCGCGUUCUUUCUUCAACAUUUUCAAUAAAGGCUUCACGUAUUGAAGGUUUAACUGGGGUCUGGGUUGGAAACCAGAAAGUGGCAGCAGUAGGGAUCCGAGUAUCUCAGUGGAUAACCUAUCAUGGCUUAGCCCUCAAUGUCACCACCGAUUUGACUCCUUUCAAUUGGAUUGUCCCCUGCGGAAUACGCGAUCGUCAAGUCGGAAGUAUCAAGGAGUUGCUGAAGGAACUCGGCUCGACAGCAGAAUUGCUUCAUUUAGAUGACGCCACUCUCAUUUACAUCACUCACAAAUCUUUGGUUAAAGAGUUCUCACAUGUAUUUGAGCUUGAGUGCCUUCAUAAAACAAUUUCCGUGCCAGGAUCAUAUGAAGGGAGGACUCUGAACUGACUGGAUUCGAUGAUUAUCUUUGUAGUAAAAUUUCGACUGAUCAGCCAAGUUA